AUGCUAAUCGGCCCCGCGCUCCGGCUGCGGCUCCGCGUCCCCCGGGAGCCGGGGCGAGGCCCGGACCGGGGCCGGCGGCUGCGGCGCCGCGAUAAGGGGGCCGCCCGCCCCGCGGGACGGACGCCGGGCCCGCCGGGCACAAAGCGGGCGGCGCGGGCGGAGGGCGCGGGGCGCGGGCCGGGCGGGGGCGCGGGGCGGGGACAAUGGCGGCGCCGGCCUCGCUGGGGACCGCAGCGCCCGCGCGCGGCCAUUGUGCGGCCCGGGCCCCGCGCCCGCCAUUGGCCGCCGGUCCUGACGUCACGCGGCUGCGAACGCCGGCGGGGCCGCGGCCGGGACGGAAGCCACCGCGGGCGCGGUCUGCGGAGCGGGGCCGGCGUCCGUCCCCCGCCCGCCCCGCGCCCGCCCCGCCUCGGGAGGCGCGGGGUCGGCCCGGGUGACCGCGGCCCCGGCACUGCGGCACGGGCGCACGCGCCGCGUCCCCGGGCCCAGCCCCCGCCGCCCGCGCCGCCCGGACCCCGAGGGUCCGCCCGCGUCCCCCCGCCGCGGGGAUGCGGGCGGCACUGCGGGCUGGGGCGCCGGGACCAGAGCAGCGAGCAGCGGAGCGGGCCAGCGCCGCGCGGACGAGGACGCAGAGCCCGCGCGCCGACGCCGGGACGGAGCCGCGGGGCCGGCCGCCCGGAGCGUCCCCGAGCCGGCGCGGGCACCGGGCCGCCCCCGCCGCGCGCCGGAGGGUGA